CUGACAUCACAAGCGAAAAUGAAGAUAGGAUCUUUUCGAUAACAGUUAACAUGAUUCUUUUCGUAUAUAUUUUUCUGCUUAUUGGACUCUCAUCAACUAUAAGAACUGCUAUAGCGAACAACAGUGACGGCUAUGUUGCUAAAGCAAAGUGGGGCAAAGCUGCAAUCAAUUUAAUUCUCUACUGUCUUGGGGGUCAUGUAUUCGGCGCGUUAUGGUACUUUUUUGCUCUCAAGGGAGUUUUGGCAUGUUGGAGGAAAGACUAUUUUUCAAGGAAUCACUUUAAUCCUCAUUCUGUUUUCUGUUCUUAUAAGCAUAAGAACAUAGGAGAGUUAAAUUGUCCUAAAUUAAAGAACGUUGGUACCGAAAUUAAUGAUUUUGGAAUAUUCAAUUUAGCUCUGGAGUCUCGUAUUGUGUAUUUGAGAAGAGAUUUUGGCAAGAGGUCUCUCUACGGUUUCAGAUGGGGCCUGCAAGCUCUCAGCUGUUUCGGCCAAAACCUGUUACCGAGUACGUCUGUCUUAGAAAAUCUUUUUGUGAUUUCGAUAAUCAUCUAUUCCACGGUGCUGUUUGCCCUUUUUAUCGGAAAUGUGGAGACAUAUCUACAAUUCAAUGGCGAAGAACCAAAGUAUAUAAUCAACAGAUUGAGGAUGAAAGAUCGCUUACAACGUUUGAAAGAUGUACAAGAGUUAAACGAUUGGGAAGAUUCAAAAUUGGACGAGUUGUGUCGUCGUAUCAAGCCAGUUUUAUAUGGCAAAGGCACUCUUAUCGUUCGGGAGGGCGAACCGAUCAGUGAAGUUCUCUUUGUGUUGAAAGGAAAACUAUGGACAUGCACCUCGACUGCGGCUGAUCAUGGCAAUGGCGGCAAUGUUAAAACCUUUGGGAAAGAACUUGUCCGUUGGAUUCAGGAUCACCCUCAAUCAAUCAGCCUGCCAAUCUCAUCAUCAACUAUUAAAGCGGUUGAGAAUGUCGAAGCCUUCGCUCUUACAGCUGCUGACUUGGCAGAUGUAUGGGUUAAUAUCCAAAACAACCAUAGGAUGACCACCAGAUCAAUCCUCCAGAGAUGUUUUCAGUUUUAAAUUUUUUAGGUAUGAGAUAUGGAACUGUUAGAAUAUAUUUGAAUAUAUUUCAAAUAUAUUAGUUAUCAUAAAUAUAUGAUCUAUAUUUCUGGUUAAUAUUUUUAGAACAG